AUGACUAGCUCACAAGUCGAAAAGAAGAGAAAACGGGCAUCAGACCGACAUGACAGACCAAGCAAAAAACCUGCUAUCCACACCAACCCUGAGCCAGCAAAGGUCCAGUACUUGAAAAACACCGCAGGGCAUGUCCCUAUUAUCGCUUCUUCGCCUGGGCUCACGGUCCCUGAGACACUCCCUCUAAGCACAUAUAUAAAACCGCGGCAACAGCGCAUGAAGCACACCGAGAAUGCGAAUCUAGCUAUGACAGAAGCAUUAUUGCAUACUUCCGGACACCCCAAGCUUAACUUCACUGGUAGAGAAGGCGAGAACCAGCUGGAUAAUCUGUUGAACCACUACGUUGCGGUCUACGACCUAAAGGACAAUACCGUCCAGCUCCUGGAGGCCAGGAAAAUGAUGAUACGAGGAUGUCCACGAGAAUCCAUCGAAGAAGUAGAAGAAGAAUCCGAAGAAGAGGGCACUAAAACUGUACUGUCUCAAAAGGCCGCAUUGGCAGCAGCGUUUGGAACAAAGCUUGCCCGCAAAGCAGUUGCCGCCAUAACAGAAAACGCUCUAACAUCUAACGCCUCAGCUUCGUCCACUCAAGCAGCAGAAUCAGCUCUGCUCUCGUCCAUGCCUCAGGAUGACAUGACAAACGCGGCAGCGGAGAGGUCUGCCCAGGCUGAAAUUCAGGCUUCCAAACCACUUCCCCAGCCGAACUUAUCCGCCACACAACCCGCGGAUGUUUACAGUAUCGAAAGCCUAGUUCCCAGUGGUCUGCUUACACUGCACAAAAUACCAGUGCAAGACUGGCAGGCUGCCAUUGCUGCUUCAGAGGGUAUAACUACCUCAUCCCGCUUUGUAGCAAACAGAGUUGAAGCAGCUGUUCAAUCUGGCGAUAAAACUGUGGUGCAAUUACUUCGUUUCAUAUUGAUUCUGAUCGAGUUCUCUCGAUCACUCAAACGGUCUCCUGGUGGUGGUCGUGGACUUGAUAGCAGGAAGCUUCCUCCUCGCGAGGACUUGCGCCGUAUUCUUUCCACGGCAGUUGAUUCAGAGACAAACACCACGCCCACAAUAACAGAUUCGUUCCUGGACUCGAUACGUCGGAAGUUUGUGCCUCAGGGCUCGUUCCUUUCACGAAAUGACAUCACAUUGUUGCAUACCACUAUAUGUGCUAUGUCGUUGCAUAUCCCGCCUGCUUCUGGGAAGACAGGAGGAAGCAAUGUGAGUGAGCUUGCCACUGACCCGGCGGAUUUACGUGAUGACCUGCGGCUGGAGAACGAUACAAUCCUGAAGUAUUUCCGGGAAUUGGGCUGCAAGGUUGAUAAGCCUAGGGAAUCGGAGUUUGCUAAGUGGAGCAUCAAGGGUGGUAAGGCAGAAGCUGCUUCAAGGAGAAUUGCAAGGCUGAAGAUUCCUGUCGAAUUCCCUAAGAUGAGCAGAGGAAGGGCGCCGAGAAGGUAG